AUGUCGGCCACCCCUGACAAACCAAAAUACUUAGUAAAGCAACGCUAUGAAAUAGCAAAAGGACCGGCGAUUAAACACGCUCCUAAUGAACACCUCGCGAUGCGGGACCACAGUGCCGAUGCAACACGUAGACACAAUAACAGGCGUCCCUUGACGGGCGCGCUGAAGAUUUCUCUCGGAGAAAUUGAUCGCCGCGCGGAUAAGGGCGACACGUCGCGUCGGCGACAAAGCGGCAUAAGUCGCACGGCGAAUAUUAACUGCUCGAUACUAGCGACAGAUGUCGCGAUAGGGUGUCGCGACCCCGUGUCGCCGCCGUUUCGCAAUAAGCGCGACACGGCGCCGAUGCACCCCAUGUUUGGGACGGUGACGCAUCAGCGGAUUUAUCCGACACGCUGCGCCCGGAUCGCACAGGAU